AUGGUCGGCAAGAAGUCGGGAAAGGCUCUCCUUCGGGACGAGGGCCUGGAGCGGACCGAUAACAAUAUGGAACUCUCGAGCUGGCCGCAGAUUCCUCCUAUCAAUCAGAAGAAUUACUACACAGAUUAUUUGAAGCGCGAUGACCAGUAUCUGGCGUUCAGACUACAGAAUGAGGAGAAUCGAAAUCGGAUGGCAAAAACGGCCAAGGACCGCGAUCGUGCUCUAGCCAUGGCAAAGGCCAACGACCUAGGGCUGCCAGAAGCAGACGCGGAAGAUGGCGAUACCAACAUGGAAGAUGCCGAGGACGCUGCUACGGAAACAAUAGGGUCGAAGGUUAUUGUCAUCCACGUGGGUAGUCAAAACCUGCGAAUCGGACUGGCCAGUGAUGCUUUGCCUAAAACUGUGCCCAUGGUGAUUGCGCGGAAGGCUGCUACCAGCGAGUCGGAAGACCAAGAGGAACCUUGUCCCAAGCGGUUAAAACUGGACGAUGGCUCAACUAUGGAGCCGGAGAAGAUGUUUGGCCCAGAGUUUGCUUCCCAGUAUACGACGAUGGCGGCGGAGCUCAAAACCCAUAUGCGACAGAACAAGCGUCGGACACUGCCAAACUCCAAGGAAAUGGUCGUCAACUUCAAUCGGAGGACCGUGCCGGAGACUAUUUCAGAACACAAUGACCCCAUGCGCGUGGAAUGGACUGAGAUCCCUGACCCAGCACCCGAAUACAUCGUGGGACAAGCGGCCUUGAGGAUACCCGAUGACUCGAAGCCUCGCUAUAAGCUUUACUGGCCAAUAAGGCAUGGCUGGUGCAAUGAGCGAGACUACGAUAACAAGCGGCUUCUCUUCCUUGAUAUCUCCCUCAUUCUGGAGGAUGCCUUCAAGACCCAACUGGGACUUACGAGCAAGAAGGAUUGGCCUCAGUACUCCUGCGUCUUCGUCAUCCCUGAUAUCUACGAAAAGUCUUAUGUCACCCAAGUACUUGAACUGCUCAUGAGAGAGUUUGCCUUUGCCCGAGUCUGCUUCAUCCAGGAAAGUCUGGCAGCUACAUUCGGCGCCGGAUUCACCUCGGCUUGCGUCGUCGACAUUGGCGCCCAAAAGACAUCCAUAUGCUGCGUCGAGGAAGGCAUGUGCAUUGAGAACUCUCGCGUGAACCUGAAGUAUGGUGGGUUGGAUAUCACUGAAGCGUUCAUAAAAAUGAUGCUUUACGACAACUUCCCUUACUCAGAUAUCAAUCUCUGGCGCCGAUACGACUACCUGUUGGCAGAAGAGCUGAAAAGGAACGUUUGCACCAUGAACGAAGCGAGUGUAUCGGUGCAAGUGUUCGAUUUCCAUCUCCGCGUUGCCGGUCACGACACCCGGAAGUACUCUUUCAAGGCUUACGACGAAGUCCAUCUGGCGCCGAUGGGCUACUUCCAGCCGACCAUCUUCGAUCACUCACAGAAGCUCAAGGGACGCAGAAAGCUGAUUGCCCGCUCGGUGGAUAUCUACGACGGACAGCCUAAUGACCCGACAUCGGCCGCCCAAUCACUCAUUCUUUCCAGCAUCGCUCCCCCAGCCACUAACGGCCAGGUGAACGGUGAUUCGCAGUCGAACAACAUGGACGUUCAGGCUACCCCCAGCCGGGCCCAGCAGUUCAAUGCUCUUAGUCGCGUGCAAGAGCUCGAAGCAACUCCAAGAUCUUCAGUCGCUGGCUCCCCUGCGCCGGAAGCAGUCGGUACACCUCAGGCCGGCGCCGCUACCCCUGUCCCGGGCGGACAGGGCCAAAGCACCUCGCAGCCCCGUGGGCCUACUGUUGAAGAGAGGGAUGACAUUCUCCCCGUAUACCCCUUGGAUAAUGCGAUCUUGACCUCUAUCGCUCAGGCGGCUCGAUCUGAUGAGCGUAAAAUGCGAGACUUCCUCGGCGGUAUCAUGGUGGUUGGAGGCGGCAGCUUGGUCAAUGGAUUCCAUUCCUUCCUGGAGGAGCGUCUACAGGCUCUGCGACCAGCUUUUGCCAAGGAGAUCAUGAUUGGCACGCCACCGCGAGAUCUGGAUCCGCAAGUUGUUGUCUGGAAGGGAGCCAGUGUCUUUGGCAAGCUGAGCGGAACAAAUGAUAGCUGGAUCGGACAGCUGGAAUACGAUCGACUGGGACAUAGACUCAUGGCAUACAAGUGCAUCCAGGCGGUGAAAGGCUGCAGAAAUGAGCCGGCCACCCCCAUGGAGUUUAUAGUGACUCGUCGGCCUCGGAGAACUCCUGGUUAUCUUGUGCCUACCUCUGAGAUCCCGCCGCUUACCCUCCCAGAGCCACUGUACAGUUCACCUUCCUCUGACGGCGCUGAACCAAAGGUUUUGCUGCUGUCUGAGUUCCGAGCGAGCAUGUCGAAAUCCAAGGACAGCAGCUCCUCCGGGGGCUUUCACCAGGAGUACAUUGCUUCUCUGCGCUACCGAAAUGACCUGCCGCCUCCGGAUAUGCCCCCGAAGUUCCUCGAUAUUCCACAUGAGGGCUUGGACCGUUUUUUGACUCCGGGAUUUGCCUCCAAUUUGGCUCGCCGUGAAGAACCUAACAUUGAUGUUGAUGCUGAAGGUGGUAUGCCAAUCGACUUGGUCGGUAUUCCCGGGCUUCACCUGGGUGAUGAGAGCGCGAUUAUGGCUCCUGAGAACCCGGAACCCAUUGACCAAGCUGAUUUGGCACUUCUGAUGACGCCGGAGCAGCUGAAGAACCCGGCACCGAAGAAUACCAACGUCAGUUUCCUUCGCCGUACGCAGUACAUUUCCGCGGGUCUUCGGGCGCCUGAUGGCCCCAAAGUCGCUCCUAUCCGGACGAAGCGUGGGACGGACAAAACUAAGUCGCAGGAUGACCCUACCUACAUCAAGAAAUACCUCCAGAAAGGUUUCGAUAUUGCGUAUCCUCACAGCAAACACGUCGGUGAAGAUACGGCUAGCAAGAUCAAAGGCCACACUCCUACGAAGCUUGAACACGAUGCAUGGGCCCACCCAGUGCACCCUGAUAACCCCAAGUUGAAGCCCGUCGGAUUCUAUCCGCUGCUCCCCGAUCUGGAAGGUUUCCCGGACCCGGGUGGUUUUGUCCAGUUCAAGUUCGACAAGGCGCCUGUGCAGGACGUUUCAGGGAAGAGAGACAAGCGCAUGGAUGUGGCCAUUCUGCUUCCAUCGGCACCGGAGGAGCGCGUUUGCCAAGAGCACAACACGAAGGCGGCCUUGUAUAAGACGAAUCCCAAUCUGUACCCUGACCCAGGUCCAAUCCCAUGGGAUUACGAUCUCUAUCUACCUGAGAAGAAGGAUGCGGCCAAGAACGUUUCGGCGAGUCUGCGCAUGACCAAUCCGGACCGCGAUAAUGAAGCGCUAUACACUCACGAAGGAGCCGACAAUACCAAGUUCCACCGCUUCGACCGCGUCCGCACCUACGCUACGAGCGCUCAAACUUUGGGCAACGAUCAGAAGCAAAAGGACAUCGCGUUGACGCUCUUUGACCCAGAGGAAGUGAAGGGUGGAAACCGUGACGGUCUCGACUCAAGGCAAAAGGCCGCUUACUACUAUCCCAUUCUCGGAAAGACCCGUCUUAAGCCUGAGAGAGCCCGUACCAUCGCCCAGGCUGGUCUGGCGCCUACCCGUCCCAAGACCAAGGAGGACCAGGUCGAUCAGAUCCAAGUGGCGGUGCGCGAUCCUGACGAAGCGGAAGUCUACAAGCGGUCCCUGCAUAGGGCCGCCAUUGACCCGAAGUUUGCCGAGUCGAUGCCUCCACCCCCAGAGAAUCAGGAGAACGAUGUUGAACCAGCCAAGCAAGAGGAAGACGAAGGCGAGCACGACGUCGACCGUCAGGCCUCGCCUGAAUAUGCGCACGACGAUGCCGGCAAUGAGAGUGACGAGUAA